AUGUCUACGUCCUUGUAUCCGCUGGCAUCGCUCGCGCAAAUCGAAAAGACACCCUCUCGCGAGGAUGGUAUCCCCGAUGAAUUAGAGCAAGACCUGCGUGCGUAUGGUUGUAAGAUGAUUCACGAGGCAGGAAUACUAUUGAAACAGAAACAGGUUGCUGUAGCGACUGCUCAGAUUCUCUUUCAGAGAUUCUGGUUCGUGACUUCAAUGAAGCAAUUUGGUAUUGGUGAUAUAGGCAUGGGUGCAUUAUACUUGGCUUCCAAACUGGAAGAAUGCCCCGUUCGCAUGCGAGAUCUCAUCAACGUAUACGACCUACUAUUACAGCGUGCAGCACAUAAUCGAGCAUCGGCACUAUCCUAUGCAUCAUCCUUCACUUCGUAUCCCCGCCCGGAGUUCAAAUAUACCCCAAUGUCAUACUUCGGCAACACGUUCUAUGACCUGAAAGAAGCACUCGUGGUGGCAGAGAUGCAGAUACUGAAACGGCUGGGGUUCAACGUCAACGUUGUCCUGCCCUAUGGAACGCUGGUCAAUUAUUUGCGAGUGUUGGGGUUGACGAGCCGUGAGGACGUAUGUACUCGAGCAUGGGGGUACCUCAACGACGCACUUCAGACACCGGUGUAUACCCUGUACGCUGUUCCGACAAUAGUCAGCGCUGCAAUCUUGCUCUCUACGCGACAUCUCGGCAUCUCUCUCCCGUCAUCAUCAAGCAAUCGCUGGUGGGAACUGUUCGACGCAGAAUGGGAAGAUGUCUGGAGUGUCUGUGGAUACGUCAUGCGCUUGUAUCGAGAGCGUAGCGCUGAGGAUCAGACACGAGUAAUGGGGAUGGUCUCCAAGAAGGGUGUUCGCCAAUGGCUAGAUGAAAAUCGGGUGCCUUGA